AUGAUCGGACUAUUCAUAACGCUCUUUGCGGGAAUCUGCCUUUCUCUAUUCUCUCCUGCAUUCAAUUUGGCAACAAACGAUCAGUGGAGUACAUUGCCAAAAGGCGUACCUAAGCUCGUUGUCUACACCGCCUUUUUCUACUUCUCCGUCGCGGGUUUUCUCAUCGCUUUGAUUCUGAACCUCAUCUUUCUUUACCGGCCUAUGGUAGGCUUAGCGAAGUCAUCUCUUAAGAAGUAUGUACAUGACUCUAAAGGUAGAGGUUGGGCUGUUUUUGCUGGAUUCUUGUGUGGUUUUGGUAACGGUUUGCAGUUCAUGGGAGGUCAAGCCGCUGGAUACGCGGCUGCAGACUCUGUUCAGGCACUUCCUCUUGUGAGCACAUUUUGGGGUAUAGUUUUGUUCGGAGAGUAUCGUAAAUCAUCGAAGAGAACCUAUGCGCUUUUGGUGAGCAUGUUGAUCAUGUUUGUUGCGGCCGUGGCGAUUCUCAUGGCAUCUUCAGGUCACCGGAAAUAA